CGUCGCGUCACCCCGAUAGCUCAGCUCUUGGAGCUCCUGCCACGUAGUGCUUCGCUUGGAACCCGAGUGAACUGGAAUCAAUCGUUUUGUGCAAUCGCUUUGGAAACUCGUCGACUCGAUACUAGAAACACGCAAACCUCAAAAUCCACACAAGAAACAUUACAAUGGCAGAAUUUGACCAGAGCAAGGCCUACGCCGAGCAGGAGGAAGUCUUCUUUGAUGAUGGCCGCGAGCUCGAACUCCUGCACUACAUCUACGGAAAGCCAGAGAUUGAGGAGAUUCGUGGUAACCCUCAGAAGGUCCUGGCUGCCAUUGAUGAGUUUGCGCGGACGAAGAAGUACCUCAUGAACGUGGGAGAAGACAAGGGCAAGAUUGUCACCGAGUUGAUCUCAGAGGUCAAGCCCGAGACCAUGGUCGAGCUGGGAGGCUACAUCGGUUACUCUUGCAUUCUCUACGCAGACGCUGUGCGCAAGGCUGGUGGUAAGCGUUACUUCAGUCUCGAAAGAGAUCCUGUCUUCGGUGCCGUUAUUUCCUCCCUGGUCGACCUGGCUGGUCUGGGAGAUCUAGUCAAGGUCAUCAUUGGCUCCAGCGCUGUCUCAAUCAAGAGACUGCACACCGAAGGUACUCUCAAGCACAUUGACAUGAUGUUCCUCGACCACUACAAGCCCGCAUACAAGACCGACCUCAAGCUUUGCGAAGAGCUCAAGCUCGUAACUCCUGGAUCAGUGCUGGCGGCCGACAACGUCAUUAAACCUGGAAACCCACCGUACCUUGAAUAUGUCCGCAGCACUGUCGCCGAGAAGCGCAAGGCCGCGGAAGCUUCUUCGGACGAGAGCAACCCCGAUGCCAGAUUCGCCGACAGAACCGCCAAACAGUACGCCAACAGACAAACAGAGGAGAAGCUGCAGCAGUCCAAGGGCAACCCCAACCUGGUCUACGACAGCAAGCUGGUCAACAGCUACGAGCCUUCGGGAGUCCCAGAGCUAUCCACCGAGCUAUCGCGGAGCUAUCGUGAUCAACAAACAUGGAUCCUCAAAUUCCAUGAUCUAGUUGUGACAGUGACACCCACCAUGCUUACUGCUGAGUCGUCUCGCUUUGCGCAUGCAUUGCAGAACCUCAAGCUGCUGGCAUUGAGCUUCUUCUUCCUACCACUUGAUACCUUUAUCCUCUUUUUCAGCUAUGCGAUCCGCAUUCUCGUCGCGUUUCCAGCGACUUCGCAUCGCGCCAGAGUGCGGUCGACCUACACGCGCUACUUCGAGCCCCGCACCGUCUUGGUGACUGGCGUAGGCAUGACCAAGGGCCUCGUCCUGGCUCGCCUAUUCUUUAUCGCUGGCCAUAAUGUUAUUGGGGCUGAUUUCGAGCCGCCGUUCUUACCAAUCACCUGCGGACACAUGUCUCGUUCGAUAAAGGCUUUCCACCGUCUUGCCAAACCUGACGGCACCAGAGAAGGCUCGGCCAGAUACUGUCAGAGUAUUCUGGACAUUGUCCGAAAGGAAAAAGCCGACUUGUGGGUCAGCUGUUCUGGUGUAGCGAGCGCUGUCGAAGAUGGUCAAGCCAAGGAGAUGAUCGAGCUGCUCACAAAGUGCAAGGCAGUGCAGUACAACGUAGCCACGACACAGAAGCUACACGAGAAACACUCCUUCACUGAGUACACCAAGUCGCUCGGACUCACCGUCCCCGAGACCCACACGAUUACAUCCAAAACUGCUGCUCUGAGAGUCCUCGAAGAUGUGCGACCUUCAGGCAAGAAGUUCAUCAUGAAGUUCAUUGGCACAGACGAUUCUGUCCGCGGCGAUAUGACUUUGUUGCCAUUCGACUCCGCUUCCGCAACAAAGGCUCACAUUUCCCGCCUUCAGAUCUCUGAGAGUCGUCCUUGGAUCCUACAACAGUUUAUCGACGGCCCCGAGUACUGCACUCAUGCAUUGGUUGUUCGUGGAGAAGUCAAGGCUUUCACAGCUUGUCCCUCUGCAGAGUUGUUGAUGCACUACGAAGCACUUCCCCCAGAUUCAUCUUUGAGCCGCAACAUGCUACGCUUCACACAAGAAUAUGCAGCAAGUGAUCCUGAGAACUUUACGGGUCAUUUGUCAUUCGAUUUCUUAGUUGACCGCAAAGAGGCAGAGUGUGCACGAAGAGACCCCAACAUGGUCGUCACGCUGUAUCCCAUCGAGUGCAAUCCGCGUGCGCAUACUGCCGUUGCCUUGUUCAACAGUACACCCGAGAUGAUCGAGAAGGGUUAUAUGUCUCUCUUAGAGGAGCCGACCACACCCAAGGAAGAAGGGACCAACGGAGCAUCUUACACUCCGCCAGUGUAUCCCCACCAACCAGGAAAAUAUUACUGGAUCGGCCACGACUUGACAACAUGUGUUAUACUGCCUGUUCUUUCGCUCCUCAAGAUCCAUGGCAAUAGCUUCGGUGAAGCCUUCGAGCAUUUUGGAACCUUCCUCGAGCAUCUAUUUCUCUGGAGAGAUGGCACCUACGAGAUCUGGGACCCCCUUCCCGCUUGGUGGCUGUACCACGUCUACUGGCCAUUCCAGUUCGCUAAGAGCCUUGUGACAGAUUUCAGAUGGAGCCGAAUCAAUGUCAGCACGACGAAGAUGUUCGGCUGCUGAAUUCAUACAAGAGAUGGAGUGAUGAAGUCACGAUAUACACGAUACACGGGAGCAGCAGCUGAGACUGCUGUAAGGAGUUGCGAGUGGACAUGUUGAUAUCCGAUAGUACUUUCAGCGGAGACUUGUUUAGGUAGGUUGAGUACACCAAGACUUAGGGUCAUGUAAAACACUCGCAAGAGAGGAUUGGAUAGAUUAUUUACUGUAGGCAAUUCAAUUGUCGACUUUUCGUGCAGCCAGCU